UCUCCAACAGAUUAUCGGAUCAUAUUUAUAUCUCUCUCCAUCUUUCCCAAAAUCACAAACAUUCUUUUAUGAUUCCUUUUCCUUCACAUUUUCUAAAUCCAACGCAAAAACAAAAAUGAGUACAGGGGAGCUCCUCAAUGUCGAACCUUUAGAACUCAAAUUCCCAUUUGAAUUGAAGAAACAGAUCUCAUGCUCGCUUCAGUUAUCGAAUAAAACAGAGAAUCAUGUAGCCUUCAAGGUGAAGACAACGAAUCCGAAGAAGUAUUGUGUUCGUCCCAACACCGGGCUUGUUUUGCCUAGAUCAACAUGUGAUGUAACAGUAACAAUGCAAGCGCAGAAGGAAGCUCCUCCUGACAUGCAAUGCAAGGAUAAGUUUCUUCUUCAGAGUGUUGCUGUAAGCCAAGGAAUAGCCCCCAAGGACAUUACCCCAGAAAUGUUCAGUAAGCAGCCAGGGCGCGUUGUCGAAGAGUGCAAAUUGAGAGUUAUAUAUCUUCCUCCACCCCAACCACCUUCACCCGUUCUUGAAGAUCCCAAUGAAGGGGUGGCUUCACCCAAAGUGUCAUUUAACAGUGGGAAUUUGAACGGACCCGAGGUUACAAGACAAAUUACGAACUCUGAUGAUAAAUCGUCUGAGGUACGAUCUCUCAUUGCAAAGUUGACGGACGAAAAGAAUGCUGCUAUUCAACAAAGCAACAAAAUUCGUCAGGAAAUUGAACUCUUGAUGCGUGGAGGCAACAAAAGUCAGGGGGCCGGUGUUUCGAUCAUCAUUGUCAUCGCCAUUUGUUUGAUUGGUCUAGUUUUGGGAUACAUAAUGAAGAAUUGAAGUGAGCCUCAAAUUCCUUUUUUCACAUUAUAUUUGCCAGAAUUGAUGUAAAAAGAGAGAAGACAUUCAUGGUUUCACAAUUUUUUUGCCCUUGACAUAGUCUUGUGGGGCUAGAAGAUAACAUUAUGUAGGUAGCUUUGUUUUGAUAUUAUUUCCAUUACAUUUUGUAUUUCCUAAUCAAUUAUAAUAUUCCUUUAAUCA